AUGGGAUCUGUCAAGGUUACCGACUUGGACACAUACCACAAUGUAGUCAGCGGAGCUAAUUACGCGGUCUUCAACUUCCGUGACUCUCGGCGUCGCUCGUCUGAUACCGAUCUGGCCUACGAUGACCUCGCCUCCUAUGCAUAUAGUGACACCGUCGCAUUCUAUGAAGUCGACGUCGGCGAUCAGAAGCAUAUUUCAGAUUUUGCGAAAGUGGAACGUCCUACACUCAUCUUAUACAAGGACGGGAAAGAAGUCGAGCGUUACUCGAAACCUCUGCCGAGGCAACUAGAGUACCUAGUCUCGAGGGCCUUGUGUGGGCUGACUGAGAUUGGUGGCCGUUUUUAA